GGAAAAGCUAAUUUGAUGCGUGAUUGGUCUGCCUUUAUUGAGCGUGCAAAGUGACGUGUUGUCUACUCAUUGAAUGCAAAAUGAAGACGCGAGUGCGACAUGGAGUUAUCGGUAUCAUCAUUAUUACCAUGGGCACCAGUAUCAUGGUUUAUAACCUCAGAUUCACCCGCACAUCACCGUUCCAGUCGGAUGCUGCUGCUGGACCGCCGAACAAGAAGCUCGGGAAAACACAGAAAAAGACUCAAAGACGUUUGUCAUCACUCCUAGAGGGAUACACUAACAUUAACGACCAGAAGCCUCUACGGAUGCAUUGUAACUGCUGUGCUCUGGUGACCAGCUCAGGCCACCUCACAAGCAGCCAGAGGGGGGCCGAGAUUGACCGCACAGAGUGCGUCAUCCGCAUGAACGAUGCCCCCACGGCCGGCUACCAUCGUGAUGUGGGCAGGCGAACCAGCCUGCGUGUCAUUGCGCACUCCAGCCUGCAGAGAGUGCUAUUGAGCAAACAGGAGCUGCUCAAUUCCAGCCAGGACACCGUGUUUCUCUUCUGGGGGCCCAGUAACUGCAUGAGAAAGGACGGGAAAGGACUAGUUUACAAUAACCUCCUCCUGGUCAAUAAGAUGCUACCGAAACUCAAGGUGUUCAUUGUCUCUCGUCUGAAAAUGCCUAAGUUUGACGAGCUCUUCAAGAAGGAGACUGGAAAAGAUAGAAGGGUAUCCAACUCAUGGCUGAGCACAGGCUGGUUCACCAUGGCUAUAGCUUUGGAGCUGUGUGACAGCAUUAAUGUUUAUGGCAUGGUGGCUCCUGACUUCUGUAGGUCUUUCCACCAUCCCUCCAUGCCCUAUCAUUACUACGAGCCUUCAGGUCCUGAUGAGUGUGCCAUGUACCUCUCCCAUGAACAAGGCCGUGGCGGCAGCCACCAUCGCUUCAUUACGGAGAAGACAGUGUUUGCCAACUGGGCACGGACCUUCAACAUCCACUUCUACCAACCGGACUGGCUACCAGCCCCCUUCCCCGCAACAAACAGCUCCCCCAUCCCUGGUCCAGUUGGCUCCUGAGACUCCCCAGACUUGUCCCGUCUCCCAGCCUGGCCUCCCAAAAAUGAGUUUGUGUAUUUGGAUUGGAGCUGUUGAUUUUAUUCCUAAUCCUUAUGGCUGCCUUUGGGAGCAGCAGCGUGACUACUGGUAGCUGUUGCCACUGCUGUCUGAGUAUGGAGAGUCACAGAAGGAGGUGGAUGACUACUGUUUGGACUGGAAUGUAUGGGUCGUGAUUUAAAUAGUUAACAGUUUAUGCUUGAAUGUAAAAUCAGACAAGCCAUAAACUGAUAACUGUUUUAACUAUAUAUUUUGCUAUGUAUCUUGUACUGCUAUUUGUAUAGUACUUUUUAGUCAUUUGUUCAUGAACAGAAAUGUGUAUGUACAGUA